CUUAGGUUUUGCAUUAGAAAGCGCUACUAUCCAGUGGGGUCGCUUUCACUCUCUUCACAGAUUGAUUUUUGGACUUGGGUUUUGCAGAGGCAUUAACCCUAAUUAUUUGUGGUUGGAACCCGGUCACGUGAAAAUGAAGCAUCUGUUUUCUUUCAGUUGGACUCUAUGGUCAGAGGACUGGUUAACUUGCCUCAUGUUGCACCCCCCCACCCCCCACCCCCCACCCCCAGUGGGGAAUGCUCUCUUCUGGACAAGACAGACUUUCUGCAUCUGGACAUUGAGCUUUCAGCUUUCCGCUUGGCCCUCAUCCAGCUUCAGGUUUCUUCCAUCAAAUCAGACAACCUCACUCGAGCCUGCGGCCUCAUCCGGGAGGCAGCAACACAAGGAGCCAAAAUCGUUUCUCUGCCAGAAUGCUUCAAUUCUCCAUAUGGCACGAAAUAUUUUCCUGAAUAUGCUGAGAAAAUUCCUGGUGAAUCCACACAGAAGCUUUCUGAAGUAGCAAAGGAGUGCGGUAUAUAUCUCAUUGGAGGUUCCAUUCCUGAAGAGGAUGCUGGGAAAUUAUAUAAUACCUGUGCCGUAUUUGGUCCUGAUGGCACUUUACUGGUAAAGUACAGAAAGCUCCAUCUGUUUGACAUUGAUGUUCCUGGGAAAAUUACAUUUCAAGAAUCUAAAACGCUGAGUCCUGGUGAUAGUUUCUCCACAUUUGAUACUCCUUACUGCAGAGUGGGCCUGGGCAUCUGCUAUGACCUGCGCUUUGCGGAGCUCGCCCAGAUCUACGCCCAGAGAGGCUGUCAGCUGUUGGUAUAUCCUGGAGCUUUUAAUAUGACCACUGGACCAGCCCACUGGGAGUUGCUUCAACGAGGCCGGGCUGUUGACAAUCAGGUGUAUGUGGCCACAGCAUCUCCUGCCCGGGAUGAUCAAGCCUCAUAUGUUGCCUGGGGACACAGCACUAUUGUGAGUCCUUGGGGGGAUGUCCUUGCUGAAGCCGGCACCGAGGAGACGGUCCUGUGUUCAGACAUAGACCUGAAGAAGUUGGCUGAAAUACGCCAGCAAAUCCCCAUUUUUAGCCAGAAGCGAUCAGACCUCUAUGCAGUGGAGGCGAAAAAGCCCUAAGGUUUAUGUUUCUAACAUGUUACAAACAGGAGGAUAUGUUCCUGCAACGUAAUCCAUUCCCUGCUGAAUUCUUUAAAGAGAUUUUUUUUUUUUUUUUUAAUUUCAGCCUUUUUCCCCUUCCUGGGAACUUUCUAAUGAGAUGAUGGAGCAUCAGCACAUGGUAUUUUUCACACCAUAUUAAAUAGUUAAAAAGGACUCAGGCUGGCAUUGAGAGCAGAAGGAAGAGGGGAUGACUAUAUACCUUCCAUGCUAAGUUGCCUCAUAGUAGUUGGUAAAAGUAUCAGACCUUGGUAUCUAGGUUGAUUCACCUGCUACAAAUACAUUUGUGUCACACACACCUCUCAUCUCAUUGCUGGAGUUGGAAUCCAUUAUGUAGAAAACUUGGUCUGGUGUUACGCUUUUUUGGAGCAGGAUGUUAAAGUUACAUUUUUAGUCUGUGAGCAGCUACGGGAAGCAAGGUGAUGGACCCUUGGUGUUUGCUAGAGGAGAUGGCAGCCCCAGUCCUUCCUAGCAGCCUGGAGGUUCUUCAGAUUCAAGAAGGAGCUAAUGAAUCAAGCCCAGACCCUCCUGGUCUUAGGGGAAAGGCUGUGUCAACAGUGAGUCCUUUGGGAGAAUGACUGGUGGCAUUUGGUCAAGGCAACCAAAGAUGAGUCUCUGCAAAAGAUUUUCUUGAUAGGAUGAGUGUCUGAAAAUCUUUUUCUUUUUGUUUUUCUCCCUAGUAACACUUUCUAGCUUGAUAAAGGUAAAUUUUUAGCCUAGUGGUUUUCAGAAUCCUUUUGCACCAUUAAAAAUUAAGAAUUCCAAUGAACUUUAUUUUUAUGUAUAUGUUGGGCUGGUAAAACGUUUAACAACCAGCUGUCCCCAAAACCCUGAUUUUGCAGUAGCAUUUGCCAGUUUCCAUGGUGUAAAUACUUUCACUGUGGCCAAGGUUCAGACUGUCAGUAUGACACCUCUAAACAGAGUUGGAAAUAAAUGCAGUUAGCACUUGUGAGCUGGUGCAGUCCUGCUCUAGCACACCACUGUUUACAUAUAUAUUUACCAUCCUGGAAAAUAAAACAAAAUUUUAAAACAAAAGAAUGCAUGAGCACACAUUUUAUUAGCUAUAAGAGUGAUGACAUCAUCAUGUCAUUUAACCUUUGGAAACCAUCAUUGUAUACUCAGAGGAAUACAAGAGUGAAAAAGGUAAAUGACAUUUUAAAAUUAAGUAUACAAUUUGGUAAAAUUGGACACAUGUAUACUUCCAUGAAACCACUCUAAUCAAGAUAAUGAACAACCCUCACCUCCCGCCUCCCUGCAAUUUUCUUGUGUUCUUGUAUAAUCCCCUCUAGCUACUCUUCUCAUCCCCAGGCAGUCACUGAUCAGCUUUGUCACUGUAGAUAAGUUUGAAUUUUCUGUAAUUACCUAAAAGUGGAAUCGUACUUAAUGUGUAUACUUUUUUGUCUUCUUUCACUCAUCAUGAUUAUUUGGGGAGACAUACCUGUGUGUGUCACUCAUUUAUUUUUUAUUGCUGAGUGGUAGUCCAUUAUAUGGAUAUACCAUAAUUUGAUAGACAUUUGAGUUUCCAGUUUUUGGCUAUUAGAAAUAAAGCUGCUAAAAACAU